AUGGUGCCUAUUGUCUUUGCUGUUCUCUACGAAUUGGAAAGGCAAGGACUAGGAAAAGUAUUCAACGUUAUUAUAGAUCCAAAUGAACCUAAUGCUGAUCCGGAAUUGAAACCAACGAACGUGACGAAAGCUUAUUUCUUCGCGGCAGCAUACGCUUCUACAUUCGGAGGCACUGGAACUUUAGUCGGUACACCAACGAAUCUCGUCUUCAAAGGCAUCUACGAAAGCACCUAUCCAGAAGCAGAACCAAUCACUUUUGGACUUUGGAUCGCUGCUUGCUUUCCUCAAAUGGCCAUUAACUCCUUCAUUUUGUGGAUACAUCUUCGAAUAGUUUAUCUCGGUUUUCUAAGACCAAAGAGCAAAGAUGCCAAGGCUGCGAUAAUUGGUCCAGAAGGAGAAAAAAUAGCUAAUGAAGUGAUAAAAGAGAAGCUGAAAGAAAUAGGUUUUAUGUCGUUCCACGAGAUCGCUGUAUCGAUACUCUUUUUAAUAUGUAUAUUUCUCUGGAUAUUCAGAGCUCCCGGAUUUAUAACAGGCUGGGCAAAACUUAUUUCGGACGUGGAGAUUAAGGAUUCGACAGCUACUAUUUUUAUCUGCUUGCUGAUGCUUUAUAUUCCUAGGGAUCCCGAUUUUAUAUACUAUUGGAGUCGAAAUUCUAGAAAAAAACCAUCGGGUCCCUCCGAAGGUUUAAUAACUUGGAAUAUGAUUCAACGAAAGAUGCCGUGGAGAUUGAUUUUUCUUCUCGGUGGUGGAUUUGCUAUCUCCAAAGCCAGCAAUAAAUCCUGUCUGGCUAUGGAUUUAGGUCGAUUGUUGUUACCGUUACAAAAUUUACACCCUAUAUUGCUAUUGGCAAUCAUUUUGUUAUUCGUUGGUACUCUAACGGAAGUAACGUCAAAUGUAGGCACUGGAAAUAUCGUUAUACCGAUAAUAGCACACAUGUCUUCUGCGAUAAGGGUACAUCCUCUUUAUCUGAUGGUGCCAGUGACAAUAAUGUGCUCCUAUGCAUUUCGAUUUCCAGUCAGCACUCCACCAAACGCAAUUAUAUCGAUCGCGGCUCACAUACGAACGCCAAUGUUAAUCACCGGCGGCUGUUUACCUGCAAUAUACAGCUUACUCAUACAAAUACUUACUUUUCCAUUUUGGGGAACAUUCGUUUUCGGCAUCGACAAAUUCCCGGAAUGGGCAGAAAAAACAAUAAUUCCAAGUUCCACGGGACAUUGCACUUAA